GUGCGAAAAGUGCGGACACACUGAAGACUGUUAGUUAUUGUUUCCAUUACUUAUCCUCAAAAAACGUGUAAAUAAAAGGUUUUAAAAGGAAGAACAGUACAAAAUGCCCACGGAAAUCGAGAACAUUAACCCCAAUGUCUACGAGAGAAUAAAGGAUAGGGCAUUGACCGCCAACGAAGAAGACGAAAACGUGCCCGAUCCCUUUGACAAACGAGAGAUUUUUGAUCUCAUCAGGAACAUUAAUGACCCGGAGCACCCCUUGACCUUGGAGGAGCUGCAUGUGGUGCAGGAGGAUCUCAUUCAGAUUAACGAUGGCCAGAAUUCCGUGCACAUCAGCUUCACACCGACGAUUCCCCACUGCUCGAUGGCCACUUUGAUUGGGCUUUCCAUCCGGGUGAAGUUGCUCCGCUCGCUGCCACCCCGUUUCAAGGUCACCGUGGAAAUAACGCCCGGCACGCACGCCUCCGAGCAGGCGGUGAAUAAGCAACUGGCGGACAAGGAACGAGUGGCUGCUGCCCUGGAGAACAAUCACCUCGCCGAGGUGAUCAACCAGUGCAUCUCCGCCAAGGGUUAACUAUUUGAUUUAUCCUCGUUUUGGAUAUAUACACAUAUGCUGUUGGUUUAGUAAUAAUAAUAUUGGUCUAAAGAAA